UUUUUUUUUUUCCGUCUGACGCCAUUCCUCCUGCACAGUACUUAUCCCAAUCGCUAGCACAAACGAUUGACAACGAAUUGAUGAGUGACGAUGUUGGGUACACCACCGAGCAGUUAAUGGAGUUAGCCGGACUGUCCAUUGCGCAGGUAAUAUGUAGGGAAUACAGUUAUGAUAGAUUUAAAAAAAUUCUCAUAUUUUGUGGGCCGGGGAAUAAUGGGGGUGAUGGCUUAGUUGCGGCUCGCCAUUUGAAGCAAUUUGGCUACGACGUUACAGUCGCUUAUCCGAAGGAGAAUGGGAAGUUGUUAUUUCAGAGGCUGCUGACUCUGCUGCAGCACUACCACGUGCCCGUCGUGAAGUCCGCAACAGGUGAAGAUGUGAAGAAGUACGACUUAGUCGUGGAUGCCUUAUUCGGCUUUAGCUUCAAAGGAGAACCUCGGAGCCCCUUCGACGAGAUAAUCCAUAUCAUUAACCAGAGCAACAAGCCCGUCGUGUCGGUGGACGUACCAUCGGGCACAAACAUAGACGGGGACAGCGCAGCAAACGCCCUUUCUGUCAACUCGGAAAUGAACAUAUCGCUGAUGCUUCCCAAGGAGGGGGUUCGGCAUUACGGGAAGAAGCAUUACUUGGGGGGGAGAUUCAUACCGAAUUCCAUCGUGGAGAAGUACAAUUUGAAGAUUCCUCAAUUUUCAGGUUAAGACGCAGCACUUGUGAAUUGAUCUUUUUAUUUUCCCAUUCGUUCAACAUGAAAAGAAAAAAAAAAGAGGAUGU